AUGCACCUCUCCACGCUCGCAGCAGCCGUUGCUGCUCUGCUCGCGUCGCCCACCCAGGCCGAAUGCUACACCACGGGCGAGCUGUGGGCGGAGCAAAAGAGCGACGCCUGGUGGGUGGUGCAGGGCAUGUGCACGCCGCAGUACGUCUCGGGAUAUUUUGCCCCGGACCAGACAAAGUACAAGUGCAUCGACCUGGCCGACGGCAAAAAGGGCGAGUUUUGGGUCCAGUGGCGCGGCCAGGGCAGCCAGGUGCUCAGCGACGGCGACUGCGUCGCUGGGCUCCUCAACGAGGUCAACGGUUGCGACCUUGGCGGCGAGAGUGUUCACUUUGGCUGGUAUUUUCGCUCUGAUCCUAAUUCGGGCAACUGUUAA